AGAGAAAACCGCAGAUUUCUAUAUAAACCGGAUGCCAAAUCCAAUUGUUUCCCAAAUUUGAGAAAAUAGGGUGAGGUUUUUGUUGAACGAGAGGAGAGAGAGGGAGAGAAAAUGGCGGAUUCAAGCGAUUCUGUCUCCAUUGACAUGGAAACGAGCUCUCUUGCAGGAAAGGAGCACAUUGUAAAAACUUCCUAUGGAUUUGUUAAUGUUGCCGUAUUUGGGGACCAGGACAAGCCCGCUUUGAUUACAUAUCCAGAUAUAGCUUUAAAUCAUAUGUCCUGUUUCCAAGGUCUUUUCUUAUGCCCAGAAGCAUUUUCUUUGCUGGUUCAUAACUUCUGCAUAUACCAUAUAAGCCCCCCUGGCCAUGAGUUAGGAGCUGCUGCAAUGUCUUAUGAUGAUCCGGUGUUGUCUGUUGAUGACUUAGCUGAUCAGGUUGCUGAGGUUCUUGAUUAUUUUGGACUUGGUGCAGUUAUGUGCAUGGGAGUAACAGCCGGUGCAUACGUACUCACCCUAUUUGCUAUAAAAUAUACACGACGUGUGCUUGGUCUCAUACUUGUUUCUCCUCUAUGCAAAACACCCUCUUGGACAGAAUGGUUGUGUAACAAGGUCAUGGCAAACGUACUUUAUUAUUACGGGAUGUGUGGUCUUGUAAAGGAGUUAUUGCUGAUCCGUUAUUUCAGCAAGGAAGUUCGUGGAGGUGCUAUAAUUCCAGAAACGGAAAUAGUUCAUUCAUGUAGAAGAUUGCUUGGUGAGAGGCAGAGUCCCAAUGUACUGAACUUUCUUGAAGCUAUGAACGGGAGACCAGAUAUCACUGAAGGACUGAAGAGAUUGCAGUGUCGUUCCCUGAUCUUCGUGGGAGAGAAUUCUCCAUUCAAUUCCGACUCUCUCCACAUGACUUCAAAACUAGAUAGAAGAUUCAGUGCAUUGGUAGAGGUUCAGGGAUGUGGAUCGAUGGUAACAGAGGAGCAACCAGAUGCUAUGCUGAUACCACUGGAAUAUUUCCUGAUGGGAUACGGAUUCUACAGGCCCUCUCAGAUGAACGUAAGCCCAAGAAGCCCGUUAAGCCCGACUUCCAUCUCCCCAGAGCUUUAUACACCAGAAAGCAUGGGUUUGAAGCUAAAGCCCAUAAAAACUCGACUUUCGCAAAUCUGAAAGGACGACGGUAUGUUUUUUUUUGUAAUUCUAUGCAUCUGUCAUGAGAUUAGUAGUUUCCAGUUGCAUAUUAUAGGAGGGGAAGAAAGUAUGGAGGUAUAUAGAUGAUAUAGGAGAGAAAAAAAUGAUAGAUUGAAAUUAUUUAAACUAGAGGAGGAUAGUCAUGUACAAUAAAUGCUGUUCUAUACUUAUGAUGGUAAAGGAAAUCAAUAAAUUUUAAAGGUGGGUUACCUUUUUCUGUUU